AAAGAGCGGGAAACAUACGCAAAACAUAGAUACACCUUAAACACACACUCACUUCAAUUUUACAAUCCCAUUUGUCUUUUAAAAUGGAUAAUAUGAUCGAUCAAGAUCAGCAGUGGCUGAUCAACUCACUGAAUGCUACUCUUGACACUAAUCAACAAGCUCGAUCUUUCGCAGAAGCGUCUUUGAAUCAGGCUUCUCUUCAACCUGGUUUUGGAAGUGCUUUAUCGAAGAUUGCUGCUAACAGGGAUCUUCCUCUAGGAUCCCGCCAAUUAGCUGCGGUUCUUCUAAAGCAGUUUAUUAAGAAACACUGGCAGGAGGAUGAGGACGGGUUUGAACAUCCUGUAGUUUCAAAUGAGGAAAAGGCAGUUAUACGUGGUCUUCUGUUGUUAUCACUGGAUGAUCCUCAUAGAAAAAUCUGCACAGCUAUUAGCAUGGCCGUAGCAUCAGUUGCACAUCAUGAUUGGCCAGAUGAAUGGCCUGAGUUACUCCCCUUCUUGUUGAAGUUAAUUAAUGAUCAAAGUAAUACAAAUGCAGUUAAUGGGGCUCUUCGAUGUUUGGCUCUUCUCUCUGCGGACUUGGAUGAUAAACUGGUGCCUAGAAUAAUACCGGUUUUGUUCCCAUGCUUGCAUACUAUAGUUUCAUCACCCCAGAUCUAUGACAAACCGUUGCGCACAAAAGCUCUUUCGAUAGUCUAUUCUUGUACAUCUAUGCUGGGGGUUAUGAGUGGUGUAUACAAGACAGAGACAAGUUCAUUGAUGUUACCUUUGGUCAAAGUGUGGAUGGUCGAAUUCUCGUCCAUUCUUAAAAAUCCUGUGCAAUCUGAAGAUCCAGAUGAUUGGAGCAUCAGAAUGGAGGCUUUGAAGUGCUUGAGCCAAUUUGUUCAAAACUUUCCAAGCCUGGCAGAAAGUCAAUUUAUGGAGGUUCUGGUUCCAUUGUGGCAAACAUUCGUGUCAUCUCUUGCCAUAUAUGAAAGAUCUUCAGUCGAAGGACUUGAAGAUUCAUAUGAGGGAAGAUAUGAUUCUGAUGGUUCAGAGACAAGCCUGGAAUCCUUCAUUAUCCAAUUGUUUGAGUUUCUAUUAACGAUUGUUGGCAGUAAAAAGUUUGUGAAGGCUUUUGGAAAUAGUAUGCAAGACCUGGUCUACUAUUCAAUUGCUUUUCUGCAAAUGACUGAACAACAGGUUCAUGCUUGGUCACUGGAUGCUAAUCAGUAUGUUGCCGAUGAGGAUGAGAAUACUUAUAGUUGUCGUGUUUCUGGCUCUCUUUUGUUGGAGGAAAUUGUAAUUUCUUGUGGAAUUGAGGGAGUUUAUGCUAUACUGAAUGCUGCCAAACAAAGAUUUGAUGAAUCUCAGCAGGAGAGGAUUAAAGGUUCUGCUGAUUGGUGGAGGAUUAGGGAGGCUACUCUUUUUGCUUUGUCCUCUGUGUCGGAACAAUUGCUUGAAGUUGAGGUUUCUGGGCCUUCUGGAGUCAAUUUGGGGAACCUCUUGGAGCAUAUUUUUACUGAAGACAUGGCAGCAGGUGUACAUGAAUAUCCCUUUCUUUAUGCUCGUAUGUUUUCAUCGAUUGCAAAAUUCUCAUCUGUGAUCAACCAUAGUGUUAUUGAUCAUUUCCUUUAUGCUGCUAUCCAGGCAAUCGGCAUGGAUGUGCCUGCCCCUGUCAAAGUUGGUGCAUGUCGGGCACUUUCCCAACUCUUACCUGACACAAACCAAGGAAUACCGCAGCCUCAUAUAUUGGCUCUAUUUUCAUCACUUACAGAGCUUCUUAAGCAAGCAUCUGAUGAGACAAUGCAUCUUGUUCUUGAAACACUCCAAGCAGCUGUGAGGGCAGGUCAUGAAGCUGCUUUGUCAAUAGAGCCUGUCAUUUCUCCUAUUAUACUUAGCAUGUGGGCUUUGCAUGUUUCGGACCCUUUCAUAAGCAUUGAUGCACUUGAAGUUCUGGAGGCAAUAAAAAAUGCUCCAGGAUGUAUUCAUCCUCUUGUUUCACGUGUUUUGCCAUAUGUGGGGCCAAUCCUCAACAAACCUCAACAUCAGCCUGAUGGUUUAGUUGCUGGUUCAUUGGAUCUUUUGACAAUAUUACUCAAGAACGCACCUAGUGAUGUGGUAAAAGCAGUUUAUGAAGUUUGUUUCGAUCCUGUUAUACGCACAGUCCUUCAGAGUGAUGACCACAGUGAAAUGCAGAAUGCAACUCAAUGCCUUGCUGCUCUUGUCUCUGGUGGAAAGCAACAAUUGCUCGCUUGGAGUGGUGAUCCCAGUUAUACAAUGAGGUGUUUGCUUGAUGUAGCUUCAAGGCUUCUUGAUCCAGAUCUAGAAAGCUCUGGAUCACUUUUCGUCGGGAACUUUAUUUUGCAACUUAUUCUUCAUCUGUCCUCGCAAAUGGCACCACAUAUAAGAGACCUUGUUGCUGCUCUUGUUAGGCGAAUGCAAUCUUGCCAAAUUGCCGGAUUACGAAGCUCAUUACUUCUUAUAUUUGCAAGACUGGUUCACAUGAGUGCACCACACGUUGAACAAUUUAUCAACUUGCUGAUCACUAUUCCUGCUGAAGGAUACACUAAUUCCUUGUAUUAUGUUAUGUCAGAAUGGACCAAGCAGCAAGGGGAAAUUCAGGGGGCCUACCAGAUUAAAGUCACAACAACAGCUUUAGCUUUACUAUUAUCAUCUAGGCAUGUUGAAUUUGGAAACAUCAAUGUUCAAGGCUAUUUGAUGAAGUCCUCUGCAGGGAUUACGACUCGUUCAAAGGCUAAAGUUGCUCCUGACCAGUGGACAUUGAUCCCCCUUCCUGCAAAGAUUCUCGCUGUACUGGCAGAUGUCUUGCUUGAGCUUCAAGAACAAAUUUUAGAAGACGACGAUCGGGAUAGUGAUUGGGAAGAAGUUGAAGCAGGAGAUGCAGAAAUAGAGCUGCUUUAUUCAGCUGGCACCACAUCUUACAGCAGACCCUCGCAUGGCUAUCUUGAUGCCAUGGCCAAAGCAUUCAAUGAGGACGAAGAUGAUGGUUAUGACGAUGACCUACUCAGUGCUGCUGAUCCCCUCAACGAGAUUAACCUGGCAAGUUAUCUCACCAACUUCUUUAGAGAAUUCUCUCAAGGAGACCGACCACUUUUUGAUCAUCUUUGUCAGGUACGUUAUGUAACUUGUUCUAAUAUUGGGCGGAACAUUGCAGAGUUUGACACAGGCUCAGAAAAAAGCUAUACAAAUGGUGGUGAGUUGAUAGCCAUGAAUUCGUUGUGUACCAUUAAUCGGAGAAAUUUCAUUUGUCCAAGGGUGGUUGUAAUUUUUGCACUUGGGGUGAUAAAACGACAUCCGAGUGAGUUUGUACAUUGCGGGUAAUUUAUCUCUUUCGGUUUUCUGUUUUCUGUUUUUUUCUUCUUAUGUUGUUUCCAUUUUUAUUCCAAGGGUGGUUGCAGCCAAGGUCAUGUCCUUGAGGAUGUUAAUGUUUGUUGUAAUCACUGUAACUUAAUUAACUUCCCUUUGGGUGGCAACAUUAAUUAAUAUUUAAUAGUGGGUUGGGUUC